AUUUACGAUGUGUACUCACUCAGCGGAACUUCUUCGUUUCUUUUUUUUUUUUUUUAAAUUUCUUUUAUAAUUCACAUGUCACUCGAUUAAUUCACCUCGCCUUGUACGUUACAUCUCGUUUCGGAACGGUAUCGUGAACGACGUCGAAUACAAUACAUGUUUCGGUGAAAGCGAGUCGCCGCGGAUUCUCGGAUACCCUUUUACCAACCGAUCGAGUAACUACUCGGUACUUGUCACGUAACGUGCAUUAAUCGAACGAAUUAAAACGGGUAUAUAUCGGUGUGUGAUCGGCGACUCGAUUCGCUACAAUGCACGCUUGUAUAUGUACGCCUUAAACGCACUAGCUUCGUUCACUUGGGCCAUGUAACGCGGAUGGAGCCGACUUCGCUCCUCCUCACUGCACUACACUACUCGGAGUGACGUCACCGUGGCGGGAGCGUAGAAGGCUCGCCGGCUAGCAUCGCUGUUUGCCUCGGUGGUGGGGAACACCGCGUAGGGGAACAGAACGAGUCUACCUCGGGUUUGGUGGAGAAGCGGCGGCGGCGGCUCGCAAUCGCGAUCGUCGCCCGCCAGCCGGUGAAGUACACCGAAUGGUGGGGAGGAGUUUUCGUGCGUCCCCGGAGGGGAGAGAGUUGGAGGGACUCGUUCGAAUCGAAGCAAGGACAGGUAGGGAGGACUCGGGACUCCGGGAGAGAAGGGAUAACGGGUCGAACGAGCUAACCCGAACUCCCGAGCCGCGCUCGUCCCUGUCGAGCCGGUCCUCUCUCUCUCCGUCUCGACGCUUCUCCUCUCGUCCGUGUUCUCUCCUGUCUCUCCGUCUCUCUCGCCUGCCUCUCGCCCCUCUCUCUCUCUAUUCCCCUGUCUACCUCUAUUCCCCUCCCUUUUCUCCUCUGCCCCUCUUAACGAAUCGCCCAGCACCCCGUCUACCUCGGUCCUUCACUAACCGACGAUCGUUGCGCUCUUUCGCUUCUUUGUCCUCUUCCUCCUGCCUCGCGCCGUCACCGGCGUCGCCACUCCAUCCGCCAUCUUUCUUCCGCGCGUCAUUCUUUCUCCGUCCAUCUUGCUCGCUCCAGGGCCGGUUUAGGAGCAGCCAAUUACCCGGGGCAUCGGUACUUUCUACCGGGAAUAAAGACGGAAAAUCGGAUUAUUACGAAAAUAAAAGUACUUAACUUUGUGACGUGCUCUCUAAUCAAGGAAGUAACGAUCAAACAAACGCGUGCACGGCCGACCUCGGUAUAUUCCGUCCGCGUUUAGCUACGCGCCGAUGAAAAAUUUAACGGGCCACGCACGCCUUGUGUGCGGACAGACUAUCGUCGAUCGAAAUAUUACGGGAUGAGAUGUCUGGUUGUACGUCUAACAUCGCUCCGUUUAAAAUGAAAACACCAUGUGAAUGUACGGUUUAUGGUAGCAGAUGAUUCCCUCUGGAACGAUGGAGAGAUUCUCCGAGAAUGUAGAAGAAUCAGAGGGACCAUCUGUUUUAUCAUCUGAUCCGGAGGAGCGGAAGCUGGCCCGGAAACUUCGAAUUCAAAAGCGCAUAGACGAACAAACCAAGUCCUUGAAAGUAGAAGAAGCUGCGAGCGUGGAAACAACUCCUAUCGAGCAGCAAAUACUUGAUAGUUUGGACAAGUUAGAAAAAUUACAAGCUGAAGGAGAGGAAGUCGUGACUGCAGUGAGUGUGGCCAACGAUGCGAGGGAAUUGGAGAGACGAAAAGAAGUGCAGGAGACGAGAAAUCGAUUGUUGGAGGUAUUCGAGGAAGAGAACAAAAAAUAUGUGGAGAAAUUUCAUGAGAUUAGUGCGAAGUGGCCUGAGAUAUUCGACUGCAAAGACCCGUUGGAUAUUUAUGACGAAUUGGAGGCUCAAAAGGACAGGUGCAACGAGAUCCUGGAGAAGAAGGAUGCCCUAAUCGCGGAGCUAAAGAAGGAACUGGAGAACGCUGAUGAAAAAUACGCGGACCAAGCGAAGCAGCAGAACGAUGACAUCGAUUUGCUUAUCGAGAGAAUGGAAACUCAAGUACGUGACAUGACGAAAGCUUAUCGCAACGAACUAACGCUUAUCGAACACGUUAUCGAAUCGGAUCGUACAAUGCUAUUAGCAACUUCCAUGGAAAAAUGGGAAGCAUUGUUUAAAAAGCACCAAGAGGAAACCGUAGAAGCUAAGGAGGAGAAGAAGGUUAUAAUGCAAGAAUACGAAGAGAACAUGAAGAAGGCGAUAAUACAGCACCAAGAAGAAUUUAGGCAACUGAAGAUCCGUUUUAAAUUGGAGAUACAGAGCCUCCAGCAGCAGGUGCAGAACAUGAAAGCUUUAUGCUUGAUGAACGUGGAAAAAUUGGACUAUAAUUAUGCUGUGUUGAAACGCCGGGAAGAAGAGAACACCAUCGUGAAGAAUCAGCAGAAGAGAAAGAUAAAUAAACUGCAAGAUGUGCUCAAUCAUUUGAAAAAAACGUACGCGGAAUUAGAAGAGUCCACGAGAUUGGAGAUCCAAAAGCUGACGACUGAAAUUGCAAAGUCGCAAAAGGCUGUAGAGGAUUUGGAGGAAAAGUCUAAUAAUAUUGCUACUAUCAAUGAUAAAAAGUAUAUGCAAAUUUGGGAUUUAAACAUUCGAACUGCAGAUGAAUUAGUGGAUAAGAUUUUAGCAGCGGAUAAAAUUAUUCACGAACAAUUGUUAGGAAUUGAGUGGGAACCACCGAAAAUGCAAUUAUUGAGAAAGGAGGAGCUAAGAUCUUACUGCGGCGCGAUGUGUGCUAUAAAGAAAGAAAAGGAGGACGCAAAGAAGAGGAAAAUGAUUUCCAAAACAUACGAUCCAGCGAGAACGUUGGCAGAGAUGAAUUUAGAAAGAUGUCUAUUGAAUCACAUUGCCAGAUUAAUUACCGAUCACUGUGAAUACUAUGUUGAAGAUACUUUAAAAGAAUUAUUAUCAGAGUACUCUGAAGCAGACAAGCUGCUGAUUCGACUGGAUAAAGUAUUCGAGGCUUUAAAAAUUACAUCCGAAGAGGAACUUCAAUUUUUGCUAAACUUCUUUCUACCAUACGCCAAUUGUCCCAUUUGCACAGAAAAACCUAUAAGCACAUCAAGUGUUUGUGGAGAAUCCAGUAUAACUUCUUCAUCUACAUCUUUAUCUAGAAUUUCUUCGCGUAAAAGUUCUGCAUCUGAAGCCUCUUUAUCUAGGAGCACUUUACCCCCUAUCAGAGACGAAGAACGUCCACCAGAAACUAUCUUAAUUGCAGCUAUGCAUGAUGCAUUGCGCGACAUCAAAUUUCCGGCUACUGAAGAAGAAGAAGAAGGAGAAGAAGAAGAAGAAGAAGAAGAAGAAGAAGAAGAAGAAGAAGAAGAAGAGGAAAUGGGUAAGAAGGAAACAACGGAAACACCCUCUAUAGAAACGCUAUCCGAAGAACAACCAGUUCCAUCCUCUUGUAUUGCUAAAGGAAUUGUUGAAAUCACUGAUGAAACCACUGGGGGACCAAAACGACAACUCGUAUGCGACAAUGGUCACUUAUUGACAAUUGAAACAGAAUUCGUAGCGAAUGCUUUAAAAGAGUUUAUAGAAAGAUACGAUUUUGUAAAGAAGCAGAAGAGCACAGUGUCCAUCGACAAGAGAGAAAUAAAAGUGAAAGCCACGGUGUCGAGAAACAUCACAGAUGAAGAUAUUACUGAAUUCUGGGAAAGAUAUAAAACUAUUUUUUCACCAGAAAGAGAAAGGCUUUGGGAUAAUUUGCUAAGUGGUUUGAAGAAGUACCACCUAGUUCUAAAACAAAGGCACGAGUUAAAUAAUGAAAUAAAAUUUCUACAGAAACAAAAUACUGAACUCACUAGAUUAUUAAGAAGUUAUUCAACAGAGGUAAGUUUUGAUAAAAAGUAAUAUUUAAAUAUUUUAUUUUACUGUGUAUUUUUUAGACUGAUCCUGUGCAACUAUCAGAAAG